GCAAACAUGGCGGCCAGAAAUCCAGGCUGUUCGUUUGAUUCCGCCUGGCUGGACAAUGUAUACAUAAACUUACCAGCCAUAAAGAGGAGAGCAGACACACUUAGCACACGACGCACAGUUAAGAAACAGUGGCAGGCUGCCUGGUUGUUGAAGGCUGUCACAUGUAUAGACCUGACCACUCUCUCAGGUGACGACACCCCAGCCAAUACAGCGAGACUUUGCUACAAAGCCAAACAUCCAAUCAGGGAAGACCUUUUGAAAGCAGUGGGAAUGGAAAACAGUGGAAUAACAACAGGCUGUGUAUGUGUGUACCCUAGCCGGGUGGCAGAAUGCGUGAAAUUCCUCAAAGAGGCAGGUGGACCAGAUAUCCAUGUGGCUUCAGUUGCUACAGGCUUCCCAUCAGGACAAUACCCACUGAAGACCCGCCUGGAGGAGUGUCGGCAGGUGGUCGCCACGGGGGCGCUGGAGGUGGACGUCGUUAUUAACCGACAUUACGCCCUGACCGGCAACUGGAAGGGUGUAUACAAUGAGGUCAGACAGAUGAGAGAAGCGUGUGGGGAAGCUCACCUUAAGACCAUCCUGGCUGUGGGAGAACUGGGCUCUAUGAUUAAUGUAUACAAGGCCAGCAUGGCCUGCAUGAUGGCAGGUGCUGAUUUUAUCAAGACUUCUACAGGUAAAGAAGCUGUCAAUGCCACCCUUCCAGUAGGCCUGGUGAUGACCCGAGCGAUCAGAGAGUACUACAAGAGAACGGGUUACAAGGUAGGGUUCAAACCAGCUGGAGGGAUCCGGUCUGCUAAGGACGCCUGUACAUGGCUGAGCCUGAUGAAGGAGGAGCUCGGGGUGGAGUGGAUGCAACCCUUGCUCUUCCGCAUUGGGGCAAGUUCUUUGUUGGGGGACAUAGAGCGUCAGCUGUUCCACCAUGUGACUGGUCGCUAUGCUGCGGCCCACGAACUACCACUGGCUUAAAUCAUGGAAUGUGAUGAUAAAAAUAGUAUAUGUGUGGGUGUGUUUUUCUGAUUGAAAAAAAAAAUCCAAACUGUCACUUUAAUACAUUGUAUAUGGAAACAGUUUUGUUAACUUGUUAAGGCCAAAAUACAUAAUGAACAUACAGUGCUCCUUUGAUUUAGAUUUACAUUGCUGUGAUAAGCUGUUCAUUGAGAUCACAUAAAGCAGCUAAAAUUAAAUGUGCCCUCAGUUUCCUUAAAAAAAAUGGUUUCAAGAAAUGUGUAUUUUGGUCUGCAAGCAUGAUACAAUUAACCAAGGUAAAAUACAUGUAAGACAGGAGUGCUUUAUCAUCAUCAUUAAAUUAGUGGAAUUUAAAUAAUUAAAUUAAAUCAUAAUUAUCAUCGUAAAUAACUUGUGUUAUUAGCUGAGUACGAAUGUGUUUGGUCCGUUAUGCACAGUUCCAUAUUAUACAGUGUAUUAGCACUGAAAACACACACACUGGUUAACUGCUGCAGGACAUCUAGAUGUAAUUUGCUCUAUAUGCUACAUGUCCAUUUUAGGUCACAAAUGCAUAUGUGUACACGUAUGCAUCUGCGACCACCUAGCCUUGCAAUGAUCAGUUCAUUUAAAGUUCAUAUACAUGUACAUAUAUGUUUGAGUAUAACAUAACAUUAAUAACAUCAUAUUAUAAAUGAUAAAUAAUGUAAUUAGACUGUGUAUACACUAUGUAAGUAUGUGUAAGAUAUGGGUCAAGGUAGGGUCUUCAGAAUCCGUUCAAAACUGAACUACUUUAAGGAAGUGUCCUGAUUAGGAAUUCCUUGAUGUGUAUUGACUGAGAACUCUUCCUGACAGUGUCUUGAUUGAGAACUCUUCCUGGAAGCGUCUUUCCUGCAAACUCUUCCUGACAGUGCCUUCACUGUGAAAUCUUCCUGGAAGUUUCUUUACUGGGAACGCUUUGUGGAAUUGUCUUGACGAGGAGCUCUUUCUGGAAGUUUCUUGACUCUUGACUAGGAACUCUUUCUGGAAGUGUCUUUACUGGGAACUCUUUCUGGAAGUGUCUUUACUGGGAACUCUUCCUGGAAGUUUCUUUACUGGGAACGCUUUGUGGAAUUGUCUUGACGAGGAGCUCUUUCUGGAAGUUUCUUGACUCUUGACUGGGAACUCUUUCUGGAAGUGUCUUUACUGGGAACUCUUUCUGGAAGUGUCUUUACUGGGAACUCUUCCUGGAAGUUUCUUUACUGGGAACUCUCCCUGGAAGAAUUUGAGAUGUGAUAAAACCAUGCCUACAUACAUGCACGUCAAGACUUGAAUGCAUGGCUUGAAUGAGCGAUAUUAAAUCUCUUUUUAUUUUAAACUAUGUACAGGCUGAUACAUCUAGGCAUCAGUGCGUAUCCAUUAUGGUUCCUUCAGCGUACAGCCUAGGUACUUUAGUGAACCAACUUUCCCAUAAACUCUUAUAACAACAACAGAAGUAUUUUACAGAUUUCUUUGUCUGUCUCAUUGGUGAUCUUGUUCAUGCAGAUUAGUAUUGGUAGGUUUGACUCUUUGAUGUCUCAUGGACUGAAUAUGUGUAUUUGAAGCCCUAUUUUACACAGUAAUGUAAUUUUAAUUUGUAGUUUAACUUUUUAUCGGUAACGAUUACAUAAAAAGGUUUGUGGUGGUAUAUUGUUGACAUUCUUCAGGUUAUUGGCUAUACUGUUAAUACUUCAUACUGUGUCAUCAUGUACAUCCGUCGUAGAAAACUUGGAUGGGCAAAGUAUGUACUUUGAAGGAAUUCCCUUUUCAAGUAAAGGCUUCAAUACAAAUUAGUUAAGUGGUAUGUGAAGCAUUCAGGUGUGUCUUACGUAAUAAACUUGAAUAUUUAAAGUCAGCCCUGUUCAACAUGAUACAGGGCUUUGCGCUUCUGUAGAUUUGGAUUUGCUUUUAUAAUGUUCUGAGGAGCCAAUUUAUAAUGUUCUGAGGAGCCAAUUUAUGAUUUUCUGGGGAGCCAGUUUAUAAUGUUCUGGCAAGCCAAUUUAUAAUGUUCUGGCAAGCCAAUUUAUAAUGUUCUGGCAAGCCAAUUUAUAAUGUUAUAAUGUUCUGGGGAGCCAAUUUAUAAUGUUCUGGCGAGCCAAUUUAUAGUGUUCUGGGGAGCCAAUUUAUAAUGUUCUGGCAAGCCAAUUUAUAAUGUUCUGGCAAGCCAAUUUAU